UAGUUUACAGUUUCAAAGUUUCGGUGGAAAUAUACCUGCUAUCGCGAUUAUAUUAAUUUAAUGUGUAGCUUAAGGUGCUUUUUAUAACUGAAACAGUAGUAAAAAUGGACGAAAACACAAAUUAAAAGAGACAAGUUUGUUCGUUCGUGCGACCAUAAACAAUAAACAAACCCUGAGGGCAGAUUGUUAUAGUAGGACGCUCACCGUUGCUGACUCUUCAAUAUUUCCCUUUUUUCACAAGAACCAGGAGGAGUUCUCUCAUGAAUCGUCAAACUGAGCUGUCAUGCAUCCAGAAGCCAGCUCACGUUAGGAUCCUCCAUCAUUGAGGUUACCACUCAAGCAUAAUGAACCCAUGGGAGAAGAAUGGUGCAUUGAUUAGAAGUCAAAGAUGAGAGACAGUAGUCUUGGCACAAAGUGUGCUGUCUGGGUGACUCAUGUAUCUGAAGCCAGUCCUACAUAAGGAGAUGGACUCAAGUGCUUCACACAUUAAUGCAACAUGUAGCCCACUAGGAAAGGCAAUUGAUACCUGUACUGAUACAAUUAUUUUACUGAGGAUGCUUCAUCACAGCAGUAACAUAAAGUGACAGAGAAGGCGCAACACCCUUGUGGAAGUUUGCCAGCUAGUGUCUUCUGUCUAACUCACAAUGCUUCUUCUGCUUCCACUAUUACUACCAGAAUACAGGCGAUAUGGUCUGGUGUAGACCAUUGCUGUUCUGGUCUUGUACCACUGGGUUUCAGAUGUUUAGUUCCACUCCUUAGGAGUAUGAGGAUUUACUGGUGAUUUGUGGGCUUGCAGACAUUAAUUAGUUUAAUUUUAACCUGAGCCAUAUUAGUUGGGCUUUGCAGAAAUUUUUUUGAAGGGAAAGAAGUGGCAGUUGCCAUUAUAUUUUUUUUUGUGAUCAUCUUCCGAAACACAAACUAAAAUGCCUACAGAGAGCCUUGGAUUAGAUUCUAGAAUGGCAGCGAUGGACAUGGACCCUAAAGGCUUUAGUCCCAUGUCAGGACCAGAUGAUAAUAUGAGCUCACCCCCUAGUGUAUUAACAACAGCUUCUGCUGGAUCAACACCCUCUUCCAUCCCAUCCGCUGGGUCCACACCGUCAUCCAUUCCAUCGGCGGGAUCAACUCCAUACCAGUAUAAUACUCAAGAAGAUGUUGGGAUGAAACCCAUCACCCCAUCGUCAGACCACCAGCCUAUCACUCCAAUGACGCCGGACCAGCCCAUAACCCCUGAUCAGCCCAUCACCCCUGAUCAAUCCGUUCCAUCUGAUCAGCCCAUUACACCGGACCAGCAACCCCCACGAAGUCCAGCAGUAUAUAUGGACAGUUUGAAAGAUGGAAUGUAUGUGGAGAAAAUGGACAUGAGUGUCAGUGCAACAAACAGACACUCACAUCCCAGUGGAAGCAGAGACAGUGAACGACGUGAUGAUUGUUCUUGUAUUCUUUGUGAGGACCACAGAAGACAUGCAAAUGAUCCACAUCCAGAAAAUGAUUGUGAUUAUAUGCUUGACGGAAGUGCAAAGGAUCGAUACAGUGGUGAAAUAAAAGUAAAGACAAAAAGAAACAAAGACCCAAACGCAGAGCGCAAACCCCGUAAACGUAAACAGUCGGGAAAAAUGCACUACCAAAGUGAAAUAUCUCAAGAUUCAGAAGUGACUGGUAUAAGAAUGAAGAUUAAAAUGACCCUCCCUCCACUUAAAGACAACAGUUCACGUGCAGUUGCAGAUGUACCCAUGGGAAACCGAACUUUUAGUGUCAAUUCUAGUCUAAGUGAAAAGGGGUCUGGAAAGAGAAAAAAUUAUCAUGGCAGUGACAAUGAUAAUUACAAAUUAGGGGAAGGAAGAAAACGGAGAAGAGCUUCUGGUACAGAAUUUGAGUGGGGUCCAGUAUUAAGUGAAGUGAAUGGUGAACCUCAGUCACCUUGGGCGUGGAAACUACCCCCAUUAGUUUUGUUCAAAAUUCUGGACUUGGUCACUCAAAAUGUGGGAACAAUUCCAUUUCUUCUGAGAACAUCAAGAGUGUGCAGAUUAUGGCGAAGUGUUUCUAUAGACAAGAGGCUGUGGCACACUGCUGACCUAGCUACUGGACGUAUCAAACCCCGAUACCGUAAUGAAAAGAAGCUGUUGUGGCUUCUUGAGCACAGACUCAGUGAUGUGCGUGACCUUACCCUAGCUGGGUGGAAUGAGGCUGUGACACCACAUCUCUUGACAAAGCUGGUGCAGUUGUGCCCAAAUCUGACUGGCCUAAACCUCUCGUACUGCCAUAAAAUCCAUUCAGAGAACCUUCACACCCACCUUGCUACUUGCCACAAACUGCAACGCCUUGACCUUACUAAUGUUAUGGAGUCUCAUAAGCCAACUCCUCGAUGUGCUGUGGGUCAACAAACUUUGUCAGACUUAGCAUCAACAAUGAAAGAUAGACUGACUCAUCUCACGUUGGCCAACAAUACUCUGUCCAAUAUGCCAUCACUAAUUAAGUCAUUAUCAGAAAACUGCCACAAUCUCCAAACAUUGGACCUGUCAAAUGUGAUGACUGUUGGCCGUGAUUGUGUGUUGAUCAACAUUGAAAGGUUACAAACAGGAUGCACAAAGUUGAAGAAUCUUAGACUUACAAACUCUCUUGUUAGACUUAAUCAGAACUCACUGCAAGAACAGGCAUCAUCACCAGGGUUUCCAGAGUUAGAAGAGCUCAGUUUGGCUGUUAUUGGUAACCUCAGUGUUGGUAUGAAUGAUGGUGAAUUGGAGCGGGUCCUCAAGAACUCUCAUAAACUACGCCUGCUGGAUGUUAGAGGGUGCAUGAACAUCACAGAUUCAUCACUGGUGCGCAUUCCACCAUGGGAUUUGGAGCAUCUGUUUUUGGCAGGUUCAACCUCCCCCAAGAGUUACUCAGAUCGGCUUGAGUUGGUGGUACGCAAGUGGCAACACUCUUUGGUAGAACUAGAUCUGUCCUGGACUGCAAAUGCUGAUAGUAUUGAUGCUGCUCUUAUGGCUAUAUCAGAAGAAGCAGACAAUAAACUCAGGUACCUGAACAUGUGUGGGUCCUCAGUGACAUUCAAACCUAUUCGACAAGUAUUAGCGAGGUGCAGUCAUCUAGAGAACCUCAACCUCACCUCCUGCCGGGCCCUGCCUCGGGGAGUAAAACGAUUCCAUGAGGCACCUCAACUGGUCACUCUUCGAACAGACAUUGCAAAUGGCAAAUUUGAUGAGACCCCAGACGAUGAUGAUGAUGAUUAGGCCAUAUUAGGUCCUGCCAUAAGAGAGCCAAAUUCGAACCGACCAGCUCAUGUGCCCAGUACAAAGCAAAUAUAUUUUGCCCCCAACAAGUGACUGUGAGGAAACUCCUGUGUACAAGGAAAAUCCUACAUGUCUGGUGAAUGUAAUUUGGCCUCACAAAUUGGAUUAUGCAGUUGGGGUCAUUUCAAUAUUUUCAUGAAGUUAGCCUCAAAAUAUGGUAACGUAUAUUGUUUUUGUAAAUGUUUACAGACUGUUAAGGGUGGGUGGGAGGUGUUAUAUUUAGAAUGUGCAUAAGCUCCCAGGAUGUAGGCCCCUAUUCUGCAGAUUGCCUCAGGGUAAGCACUACUCUUCUGAUGUCCUCAAAACAUACUAGGUUGUCUGUGUCCCAUAUAAUUUAUCCCUGUUGAGUACUGACACUUGCUGUUGUUCUUGAAGAAGUUUCAGGUACUCUACAGGCGAUAAACAAAGUUAAAUUGUACCAAUGUUUUGUGUGUAUUGUUGUGACAUCGUGAGUGCAGUGUUUCCUCUGAAUGCAUUUUCUAAAUUGGCUUGUAGUUACUCUUGUUAAGUCUGUGUUCAUUGUCCUACCACCAGGUCCUCCAGAGGUAAUAUUAUUCCAAGAUUAAUAUUAUCCUGCCAGUGUUAAUUUUAUUUUGCCAGUGUUUUUAUAUUCCCAACAGGAGUCACUAUUGUCUUGGAAAUAUCUUAUUUUUCUGCCGUCUGCAUUGUCCUGCUAGAACUAAUGUUAUUUCCGUGGAGUCCUUAUUAUUCCAGUGGAAUAAUUUAAAUUAAUAUCAUUAUAAAGAUAAUAAGAAAGUCCCAUUGUGUCAGUAUGAUCUUCCUGGGUUGAAUAUUGCCAAAAGUAAUACUACUAGGUCAAUGCUGAUGAUAUUUAGCAAAUAUGAAUAUUAGCCUGAUGGUUUCCAGGGAACCAUCUGGUGUUGAUAGUGUCCUGCCUUGAAUUUUUGUGGGUUAUUUCGUUUUUGUAAGACUAUUGUCAUUGACUUGAUGGUAGUUAGGAAACAAAGUAGUGCCUCUUGAAGGCUCAAUCAUUGUAAUUAUGAUGAAUGAUAAUUACCCAUGGUCAAACAGGUUCUUAUCCAUUCCAUAUAUAGCAAUAUGUAAUGGUAUCUAGCAUGGCAGGAACUGUGGUGAUCAUAAUUAUAGUGUUUGAAGCCAGAAAUAGUGUGGAUUUUGUUUCUUGACUUUACACAAGUUAAAAGUUUGUAAAGUUUAUCCAUUUUCUUUUUUACAUAGUAAUGUCCAGUGCCGUUCCAGAGCAGAUGUAUAAUUUUUAAACUGACAGAUUUUUCUAUCUGAAAAAGCAUAUCCAAUUUUUCAUUCUUGAAAGACAUGAUGAAGGCCUGUAAUGUACAUUUAAGAGUGAUAAAUUUCUGUUAUGUUGCAAUGUUUGAUAUACAGUAUAUUGUACAGAUUAUUGAAAUUACAUUUUCAAAAUGACAUGGAACAUGACUGAGAAAAUAUAUAUGUGCAGCUUAAUGAGUCAUACCAUAAGCUGAUCUUGAGCAUCUCCAUUUAUAUAGUGAAUUACAGGCAUCCAUUCUGAUGUCUUCUUCAGCUGUAGACUAAUGCAGAGUUAUAAAACCAUUAGGUAAUCUUCGAGAUAUUUUGUAUGUGUGCAUUUUUCUUUCUCCAAAAAUAGUGAAGCAGUUAUCUUUGUUAUUACCAAUUUUUGGAACUGGAACUAAUAAAUUUAAAGAAUUU